GGGCAGUGGGGACGAGCGAACAUCCUUGCAGCGCGUGAACAUCGUUGGUACCCAGGCUCAGCGUUCAAAGGCCAACUCUGAAGUGCAUCUGAGCAAUCAUCAUACCUGUGCCGUUCAAAGCGGUAACAACCCACAAAUAGGCUACUGGCGGGCAGGGCACGGCAGACGAAACCAACUUGCUGAACAACAUAAACUCACAGUCAACAACAUCUAAAAACAAUAUGGAGUAUCAGGACAAGGGCGGCUACCCGGCUCCACCGGCCCAGGGCUACCCGGCUCCACCGGCCCAGGGCUACUCGGACUACCCGCCCCCUCAGCAGGGAUAUCCCGCCCAGCCUCCACCCGCUACCCAGGUCACCGUGACCCAGCCAACUACACAAGUGGUGGUGGUGGGCAACUGUCCCGUCUGCCACGCCGGCACCAUGGUGGAUGAGUUCACCACAUGCGGGAUUCUCUUGGCCAUUUUCUGCUUCCCGCUGGGCGUCAUCUGCUGCCUGAUGAUGAAGGAGAGAGUCUGUACCCACUGCGGUGCACACUUCGGCGGCUAAGGUAGCUAACUACCCUGCUGUGCAUUGAUGGCGUCACGAUGAUGUCACAAACACCCCGACCAAAAGAUCAAAACAGGAGAAUCAUAAUGCCUGGGACAAUAUCAUCCAAUGUUCUACAUAUUAUUACCGGUGUCAUAUGAAAUUUGGACUCUUAUGAAAGUGGUUUCUUCAAACUUAUACGGAUUCUCACACUCCGCUCUAAUUAUGUCUGCGUAGGCAUGCGCAAUAAGUUCAAUGAGUCCGUAUUUCAGAGAGUCCAAAUUUUGCACACCACUGGGUCAUUGCAAUGAGGGCCUACUACAACGAGGAUACAUAUAUCGACUUAAUCCUUAAUUUCGAUUGACUUGCAACAACCUUGCUCACAGGGAAGAUAAUUUUGAAAUUCAAGAGGGAGGGCACAAUUGGAUUGACCAGAAGAUUAUAUAACUUUAAAUUAUACUAAAUGCGCUACUCUUUUACUAAUUAUGUGUAUUAUACAUUUUGUUCAUGCUAUGCAUAACAAGUUAUUUUUUUCGCACAUAGGAUGACUUGUGUGUUUUUUUUUUAAAUCGUAUGAAACAUGUACUAUCAAAUUGUAUGAUCUAUUUUUGUGACAAAAUAUUGCAUCUGAAAUCUAGAGCACUCUUUUUUACAAAUUUAAAAAGAGGGUUGAAAGUGACCUCUUUAUUUUAGUACAGUACUGAUUCACAUUGUGACUAUCAACUGGGCUUAUAGUUUGGACGCGAGUUAAACAUCUUAACAUUCCGUGUUUAUUCUACAAAAUAUUUGAAAUGAACGUCGCAAAUGUUUUAGUGUGCUUAUUUUGAUGUAAAGGAACCUCACCAAAGGUUAAUUCAGCGUGUUGAUUUUAAUGUACAUUGUAUGUUCAUGGAAUUUGAUAAAGAUCACUUAGAGCGACACCAUACAGUGCCAAGAUAUAA